AUGUCACCCAGUGGCAGUAUAUUUACUUUGUCUGUCUUUGUGAAUGUCACCCAGUAUAUAAGCUCACUCAGUGGCAGUAUAUUUACUUUGUCUGUCUUUGUGAAUGUCACCCAGUAUAUAAGCUCACUCAGUGGCAGUAUAUUUACUUUCUCUGUCUUUGUGAAUGUCACCCAAUAUAUAAGCUCACUCAGUGGCAGUAUAUUUACUUUCUCUGUCUUUGUGAAUGUCACCAAGUAUAUAAGCUCACUCAGUGGCAGUAUAUUUACUUUCUCUGUCUUUGUGAAUGUCACCCAGUAUAUAAGCUCACUCAGUGGCAGUAUAUUUACUUUCUCUGUUCUUGUGAAUGUUACCCAGUAUAUAAGCUCACUCAGUGGCAGUAUAUUUACUUUCUCUGUCUUUGUGAAUGUCACCCAGUAUAUAAGCUCACUCAGUGGCAGUAUAUUUACUUUGUCUGUCUUUGUGAAUGUCACCCAGUAUAUAAGCUCACUCAGUGGCAGUAUAUUUACUUUGUCUGUCUUUGUGAAUGUCACCCAGUAUAUAAGCUCACUCAGUGGCAGUAUAUUUACUUUCUCUGUCUUUGUGAAUGUCACCCAAUAUAUAAGCUCACUCAGUGGCAGUAUAUUUACUUUCUCUGUCUUUGUGAAUGUCACCAAGUAUAUAAGCUCACUCAGUGGCAGUAUAUUUACUUUCUCUGUCUUUGUGAAUGUCACCCAGUAUAUAAGCUCACUCAGUGGCAGUAUAUUUACUUUCUCUGUUCUUGUGAAUGUUACCCAGUAUAUAAGCUCACUCAGUGGCAGUAUAUUUACUUUCUCUGUCUUUGUGAAUGUCACCCAGUAUAUAAGCUCACUCAGUGGCAGUAUAUUUACUUUGUCUGUCUUUGUGAAUGUCACCCAGUAUAUAAGCUCACUCAGUGGCAGUAUAUUUACUUUCUCUGUUCUUGUGAAUGUUACCCAGUAUAUAAGCUCACUCAGUGGCAGUAUAUUUACUUUCUCUGUCUUUGUGAAUGUCACCCAAUAUAUAAGCUCACUCAGUGGCAGUAUAUUUACUUUCUCUGUCUUUGUGAAUGUCACCAAGUAUAUAAGCUCACUCAGUGGCAGUAUAUUUACUUUCUCUGUCUUUGUGAAUGUCACCCAGUAUAUAAGCUCACUCAGUGGCAGUAUAUUUACUUUCUCUGUCUUUGUGAAUGUCACCCAAUAUAUAAGCUCACUCAGUGGCAGUAUAUUUACUUUCUCUGUCUUUGUGAAUGUUACCCAGUAUAUAAGCUCACUCAGUGGCAGUAUAUUUACUUUCUCUGUCUUUGUGAAUGUCACCAAGUAUAUAAGCUCACUCAGUGGCAGUAUAUUUACUUUGUCUGUCUUUGUGAAUGUCACCCAGUAUAUAAGCUCACUCAGUGGCAGUAUAUUUACUUUCUCUGUCUUUGUGAAUGUCACCCAGUAUAUAAGCUCACUCAGUGGCAGUAUAUUUACUUUGUCUGUCUUUGUGAAUGUCACCCAGUAUAUAAGCUCACUCAGUGGCAGUAUAUUUACUUUGUCUGUCUUUGUGAAUGUCACCCAGUAUAUAAGCUCACUCAGUGGCAGUAUAUUUACUUUCUCUGUCUUUGUGAAUGUCACCCAAUAUAUAAGCUCACUCAGUGGCAGUAUAUUUACUUUCUCUGUCUUUUGUGAAUGUCACCCAGUAUAUAAGCUCACUCAGUGGCAGUAUAUUUACUUUCUCUGUCUUUGUGAAUGUCACCCAUAUAUAAGCUCACUCAGUGGCAGUAUAUUUACUUUGGCAGUCACUUUUACUUUGUCUGUCUUUGUGAAUGUCACCCAGUAUAUAAGCUCACUCAGUGGCAGUAUAUUUACUUUCUCUGUCUUUGUGAAUGUUAGCCAAUAUAUAAGCUCACUCAGUGUCAGUAUAUUUACUUUCUCUGUCUUUGUGAAUGUCACCCAAUAUAUAAGCUCACUCAGUGGCAGUAUAUUUACUUUCUCUGUCUUUGUGAAUGUCACCCAGUAUAUAAGCUCACUCAGUGGCAGUAUAUUUACUUUCUCUGUUCUUGUGAAUGUUACCCAGUAUAAAGCUCACUCAGUGGCAGUAUAUUUACUUUCUCUGUCUUUCUCACUCAGUGGCAGUAUAUUUACUUUCUCUGUCUUUGUGAAUGUCACCCAAUAUAUAAGCUCACUCAGUGGCAGUAUAUUUACUUUCUCUGUCUUUGUGAAUGUCACCCAAUAUAUAAGCUCACUCAGUGGCAGUAUAUUUACUUUCUCUGUCUUUGUGAAUGUCACCCAAUAUAUAAGCUCACUCAGUGGCAGUAUAUUUACUUUCUCUGUCUUUGUGAAUGUCACCCAAUAUAUAAGCUCACUCAGUGGCAGUAUAUUUACUUUCUCUGUCUUUGUGAAUGUCACCCAAUAUAUAAGCUCACUCAGUGGCAGUAUAUUUACUUUCUCUGUCUUUGUGAAUGUCACCCAAUAUAUAAGCUCACUCAGUGGCAGUAUAUUUACUUUCUCUGUCUUUGUGAAUGUCACCCAAUAUAUAAGCUCACUCAGUGGCAGUAUAUUUACUUUCUCUGUCUUUGUGAAUGUCACCAAGUAUAUAAGCUCACUCAGUGGCAGUAUAUUUACUUUCUCUGUCUUUGUGAAUGUCACCCAGUAUAUAAGCUCACUCAGUGUCAGUAUAUUUACUUUCUCUGUCUUUGUGAAUGUUACCCAAUAUAUAAGCUCACUCAGUGGCAGUAUAUUUACUUUCUCUGUCUUUGUGAAUGUCACCCAAUAUAUAAGCUCACUCAGUGGCAGUACAUUUACUUUCUCUGUCUUUGUGAAUGUCACCCAAUAUAUAAGCUCACUCAGUGGCAGUAUAUUUACUUUCUCUGUCUUUGUGAAUGUCACCCAGUAUAUAAGCUCACUCAGUGGCAGUAUAUUUACUUUCUCUGUUCUUGUGAAUGUUACCCAGUAUAUAAGCUCACUCAGUGGCAGUAUAUUUACUUUCUCUGUCUUUGUGAAUGUCACCCAAUAUAUAAGCUCACUCAGUGGCAGUAUAUUUACUUUCUCUGUCUUUGUGAAUGUCACCCAGUAUAUAAGCUCACUCAGUGGCAGUAUAUUUACUUUCUCUGUUCUUGUGAAUGUUACCCAAUAUAUAAGCUCACUCAGUGGCAGUAUAUUUACUUUCUCUGUCUUUGUGAAUGUCACCCAAUAUAUAAGCUCACUCAGUGGCAGUAUAUUUACUUUCUCUGUCUUUGUGAAUGUCACCCAAUAUAUAAGCUCACUCAGUGGCAGUAUAUUUACUUUCUCUGUCUUUGUGAAUGUCACCACGUAUAUAAGCUCACUCAGUGGCAGUAUAUUUACUUUCUCUGUCUUUGUGAAUGUCACCCAGUAUAUAAGCUCACUCAGUGGCAGUAUAUUUACUUUCUCUGUUCUUGUGAAUGUUACCCAAUAUAUAAGCUCACUCAGUGGCAGUAUAUUUACUUUCUCUGUCUUUUGUGAAUGUCACCCAAUAUAUAAGCUCACUCAGUGGCAGUAUAUUUACUUUCUGUCUUUGUGA